CAUUGAUCAGAUUUACCCAGUUGGACAUUUUGAAAACAUCAUUAAUUAUCUCCAUGGAAACACCGUUUCCAAAACAAUUCYUGUUCUUUAUUAGAAGCGUUGGCGCCAAGAUGAGAUGGCGUCUUUGGUCGGAUUCAAGGUGAUUUCAUUUGCAGAACUGCGAUGGAAACACUUCUCUCAACAAUCGGAUGUUGCCACCGACCCAAACCACGAAGACGACGACGACAGGAAGUGGUUGGAAGAUGGAGCUGCAGGACGAGUGGUUUAGGGAGGUCUUUGGUUUACAGGGUGUGUUUGUGUUUGUUACUUUGUUCUUUUUGUCCUUUUGUCUGUGUAUGUCUCUUUUCUGACCAUAGAGUAAACUCUGACCUAUGGCCGAUCUUCACUUGACACCAGCUACAGCGGGAGGACGAGGGCCCCGCUUCACCAGCUGCAGGGGGCUCAACAAUCCUGUAAAGCGUAGGAAGCAUGAACACGAGAACAGCCUGCAUGGUUCAAACUAACUCCACUGAGAGGACGAGCAGCGCAGGAGACUCACCUCAGCACUGAUGUGGAUUGAGUUUUAACUGAAAAGACGAGAAGCAAUGUCUCUCAGAGUGGAGGAGGACCUCUGCUGUCCCGUCUGCCAGGACGUGUACAGGGACCCAGUUGUCUUGUUCUGCAGCCACAGCUUCUGUCGACUCUGCCUGAAAAGCUGGUGGGAAGGGAAGAAGAAACUGGAGUGUCCACUUUGUAAGGAAGAAUCUGCUACAAGUGACCCUCCAUGCAACCUGGCUUUAAAAAUUCUCUGUGACAGAUUCCUGUUGACACGAAAGAAGGAAGUUACAAAACCAGAUGUCUGCUGCCGGCGGCAUGGUGAGAGAUUCAAGCUGUUCUGUGUGGAUGACAAGGAACUUUUAUGUCUCGUCUGCCAGCAUUCAGAUGGUCAUUAUGGACACAAACUCCAAGCUGUGAAUGAAGCAGCUCAGGGUCAGAGAAAUGAGCUGAGAAAGGCCCUGAGGCCGCUGCUGGACAAACUGAAGGUGUUCAAAGAAGAGAAGGGAAACCUGGAUCAGACAGCUGGAUACAUUAAGCUCCAGGCCCAGCAAACCGAGGGACGGAUCAAGGAGCAGUUCAGGAAGCUCCAUCUGUUUCUCCACCAGGAGGAAGACGCCAGGAUUGCUGCUCUGAGGACAGAAGAAAGCAAGAAGACUCAGAAGUUMAGCCUAAAGAUCGAUGCCCUGAGCAGAGAGAUCGCUGCUCUUUCACGGACAAUAAGAGACACAGAGGGACUGAUGAAGGCUGAGGAUGCCGUAAUGCUGCAGAGCUUUAGGACUGCUGCAGAAACCAUCCAACAGCGCCUCCUGCUGGACAGUCCUCAGCCUGUCUCUGGAGCCCUGAUAGAUGUGGCCAAACACCUGGGCAACCUGAGCUUCAAYAUCUGGAACAAGAUGAAGCAUCUGGUGUCCUACACUCCUGUGGUUCUGGAUCCAAACAGCGCGAACUUUGAGCUCAUCCUGUCUGAAGACCUGACCAGCGUGAGAUGCGGCCAGAAGCAGAACAUUCCCGACAACCCGGAGAGGUUUGACUUCUUCCGCAUCGUCCUGGGCUCGGAGGGCUUCAUGACGGGAACCUACAGCUGGGACGUCGAGGUUGGAGACAACACAGACUGGUUUGUGGGAGUCGCCUCGCAGGACGUCCAGAGGAAAGGAAUUCAUCCGACUCGUCUGUGGAGAAUCGGCUGCAUUGACGGUCAGUACGUGGCCCGGGCCCUGUCGGAACCGUCCACGGUUCUGGAACCGAUGGGAAGGCUGAGCCGGAUCAGAGUCCAUCUGGACUGGAACCGGGGGAAGCUGGUGUUCUUCGACCUCGACACCAACACACACCUUCACACCUUCUCACACUCAUUCMGUGAGAAACUGUUCCCGUUCCUGAACACGGUGAAUGCGUCUCCUCUGAGGGUGGUACCGGAGAACCUCUGCCUGAGGUCCAGUUAGAGCACAAAGCGCUGCUGACCCGACACGUUCGGCUCGGUCACCAGCAACACAUCAACACGUUAUUAAUGAAAAAAUCUGCAGGGACUUUAAAGAAACUCCUACGACUUUCUGAAAUGUUUUUAUUUCUAGAUAUUUGAAGUUAAAACUAAAAACCAUAUUUAUUGUUUUUGCAGUGAAGAAGCUGCAGAAUCCAUCAUGAUGUGAAGUUUAAAAUAUUGUCCCACUGCUCAGUUUCUGAACAUUUUCAAAGAUUUGCAGCCUCAUGUCUCACUUCAUGAAGGUUUUUCUCAGUGUUUCUCGGUGAAAUGUGUGAUUUAAGUUGCCAAAAGUUUAUGAAAUUGUUAUGACUCCGUCAAGAAACAACCAGAAUAAAUGAACAAUAUUUAUUACACAAAUAAGAGGUUUUCCUGUUACCUUCAUCCAUUUGUUGUCAAACAUCACUUCAGGCGGUCAAACCUGCAUAAACGUCUGCAAUGUUCACUGCAGAACGACGGUAAUGUCCCUCACACCAAACAGGAUCUCAGAUACUUAAGAUGAACAGACAUGGAAGGUUUUCAUUCAGGAAGUGACCCAAAGACACGGAGGACAAAACAAACUGAAUAAAUGGAAAGUUGUUAACCAGACUGAGACAAACCAUCUAAAACUGGGUGGACGAACGGGAAGAAAAUCAAGAACAGCAGGAAGCAGAGAUAUAACUGUAAAAAUGACCAAAUGCUUAUUAAACCACUUGAAUCACAUCAAACUGCAUAAAGCGGCUCUCUGGUUUACCAACGUAUCAUUUUAUCACCGACUCUGAAGUCAAACUUGAUCUGAUGCAAAUAAAAAUCAACAAAAUAGAAAAACACAGAAUUCAAUCUGGUUAAAAAGAACAGAUGCAUAAAGUCCAACAGUACCGGCGCCACCAGAACCUCACUGAUAUAAAAACACACAGCUGGUCACACUGAGCGCCACCUGCUGGAGCCACUUGGUGUUGAUAGAAAAUAUUUAAAGUAAAACAUUUGUCUCUGAGGCGCUAAUCGUUAUUUAGCUGCUCUGACGG